AUGCUCUACGGCCAGCCGAACGAGCUGUACGAGCUCGCGCUCAAAACCCACGAGCGGCAUAGCAAGCAGCACGGCUAUGAGAUGCACGUUCUGCGGCGCGGCAUCACUGGGGGAUACUGGAACAAGCUGGCCUUCCUCCUGAAACUGGUGAUCCAAGAGCUGGAGAAGCCGGAAUCCGAGCGGACAGACUGGAUAAUGUAUACCGACGCCUCAACCCUCCUCCUAAACCACCUCCUCCCUCUGCACAUCUUCCUUCCACCCUCCUCUCCCGAGUUCGCUCACAUCCACUUUCUCAGCUCCCGCUCCCCCACCGGCACCCUCAACGCCGACGUCUUCUUCCUCCACAUCGACCCCUGGACCGUCAAAUUUCUGAUCCGCGCUAUGGCGGUCCCGAUGAUCGACCAGCAGGUCCAGCUCGGACACGCCAUGGACGCAACCGCGAUGGCGCUGGUGCUGAACGAAACCGAGUUCCGGGGCGCAGCGAUGUACCAGCCGGCAGGGUGGUACCAUGGCGUGCAGACGCGGGAGGGGUUCUCAGGGCAUGCGGGAGAUCUGCUGGUUUCGCUGCCGGCGGAGCUGAUGGGGGAGCGGUGGCGGUUCCUGAGGGAGUGGGUGGAGAGGUUGGGGAGGGAGGGGGGGCGGUAUGGUGUCUCGCUGAGGGAAACGAAUUAUCCGGCUCUGAUUGCGACGUUUUGGGAGCGGGUGAGGAGGGCGAGGGGGGUGCUGCGUGAUGCGGAGGAGUUUGCGGAGAGGGAGAGGGGAGACGUGAACGAGGAGUUGAAAAGGGCGAUCGGUCGGCUUAAGGAUGCCAUUGUGUGGAUGCCGGAAAGCGAGGAUGUGCUUGGUGAGGCGGAGGAGGCGUGUCGGCGAGGGAUGAAGGCCCCGCCGACGAUGAGGUGA